AUCAACUUAUUGACCUAUCAAUGAUCAAUUUAUUCCUAGCUAAUGUCGACCCGUGUCACUGUGACACCACAUUCGAACCGGCGAGAUGUUACAAAGAUCGCACUGAUCAACGCCUGCUUCAAAAUUAUAUCUUAAACGAGAGAGACCCAACAUUAAGCAACUAUCGAGGAAAAUCAAUCGAGUGGACAAAUUGGCAAAACUACUUACCAGAAUUCAUCUGCCGCUGCGCGAAUGAAGCCAAACUUCUUGGAUUCGACGUUUUCGGUAUCCAAUUUUAUGACAUGUGCGACAUUCAUAUCGAGAAACUCGGUUGUUACAGAAUGAGAUUCCAAAGUCAACCCUUCCUACCUGAGUACGUCCUCAGUGACAGAGACCCCAAGGCGCAAAAGACCUGGAGCGGGAUACGCAUAGACUGGCCUAACUGGUAUAAGCAUUUGCCGGACUUUGUUUGCCGCUGUGCACAAAGAAUCAAGCAAAAAGGAUACGGAUGGAAGAUCUUUGGCAUCAGAAACUGGGGGGAAUGCUGGAGCGGUAAUACCACAUCUGACACCUUUCUUCUUCAGAUGGUGGCCAACGUAGGCGAAUGCAAGAACCAAUGUUUCAAAGAUUGCAAACACGAUGAUCCAUUUUGCACAGGAACAGAUAACUCCAAUGCCGUUUAUGUAAUUGUUGACAACUCAAAUGAGGCGGGAAGUGGAUGAUGUGAUGAAAUUAUGGCCUACGACUGAACUUUUAGCUCACUCAAGCGUAAUGAUUAUUGAUCGUCAUGUUGGAUAUGAGAAGUCUUCAGUUAUCCCAAUAGACCUCUAGACUGAUCAUAUAACGUAUACUGAAUUAAAAGAGGUGAAUAGUAGAAUCUAA